GUAUUGUCACUGUCAGUCAGCUGUCUUCUGACAGCUGAGAUUUUCGGAUUUUCAGAUUUAUUGGCCAAAAACAGUCUUAACACAAAACUAAAUAUUCAUUUUACACAAAAUGUUAGGACGUACGCUUCUAACAAGGGCUUUAUUUACAAAAACAUUGAAAGAUGCUGCUUCCAACAUAAAACAAGUCAAAAGAAAUGGAAGCCAUGGUGUUUGGACCUAUCGGGUGCCUCCUCCCCCAGCAUCAAAGAAAAUUGUUUAUUUAGCUGAAGUGCUUGGAGGAAUAUGUUGGUGGUGGAUCCUGUACCACAUUGCUACUGAACCUGAACAUAUUUAUGGAGAAUGGCCAUAUAUAGAUCCAAGCACUUGGUCGGAUGAAGAAUUAGGAAUUCCUCCAGAUUCUAACGGCCCAUUAAAAAAUUAAAUUAAAUAUAAUAAUGUGUAUCGCUAGUAGUGUAAUAUAAUUUGUGAAUAAAUCUUGUUAAUCAAUAUAAUAUAA